AUGGAUGUGUCAAGUAAACAGAAAAGUAUUGUCAAAAACCUCAGGCCAGUUGUUCUUUUGAACACCAUCAGAAAGAUCUUAGCUAUCUGUCUUAUACAGAAGAUAGGUGAUAAACUUAAGAGCGUUAUACCGCUCUCUCAAGCAGCAUACACCAAAGGGAGAAGUGUUACCGAACAUGUAUUUGCUCUCAGAACGCUUGCAGAGAAAGCCAUUAUCUCAUCUGAGUGCAAGCUUACUCUUCUUAUGCUAGACAUGAGCAGCGCUUUUGAUACAGUGAAUAGGAAAAAACUCAUCGAGAUUAUAUCCCAAAAUCUAGAACCUGAAGAACUAAACCUCAAUAAAAUAUUAAUAGAACAAGUAGAACUUAAAGUAAGGAUAGCAAAGGAGUUAGGUGACCCUAUUAUAUCAAAUAUUGGGGUUCCACAAGGAGAUUGCCUUAGCCCUAUCCUCUUCACCACAUACUUAGCAUACAUAUUACAAACAUAUGAACAACAACAAUAUCAGACAAUCAAUUUUACAUUGAGCCUUCAAUAUGCCGACGACAUUUCAUGGAUAUCUACAUCACAAGAAUACGUAAAUGAAAUAAAGAAAGAACUGCCACCUCAAUUUAGAGACUACAAUUUAACGGUAAACGCAUCCAAAACAGAAGAAUAUACCAUACAAAGGAAAGGAAAUGGAGAUUGGCGAAAUUGUAAAUUUCUAGGCAGCAAGUUGGGAACAAGAGAAGACAUCAGUAACAGAAAACACCUCUCUCUAGCAACAUUCUCUAAAAUAAGUGGUAUACUCCAAAAUAAGAAAAUAACAACCAAAUUGCAAGUGAGAGUCUUCAAUGUAUAUGUCACCAGUAUCUGCCUAUACAACAGCGAACUCUGGACAAUGACCAAAUUGUUAGAGAAUGAAAUAGAUGUGUUCCAACGAAAGUUUCUACGAAGAAUAUUAGGUAUAAAGUGGCCAGAGAAAAUAAGGAAUGACGAGGUAUAG